UGCCACUGGGACCUGCCUCAAACAGGAAAAGGAGCAGUCCAAGAUGCAAACAUCCCUUGUCUGUCUGUGCCUGUGCCUGCUCAGCACAGCCCUCGCCACACCUGUGCCACCGCUGCUGCCUGAGAGAACUGCUGGGAACUGUGUGGGCCAACACCGGAUUCUUCUGAAAAGCUGCAAUGCCAAGCAUGGCUUCUACAUUUUCAAAUAUGUUUACUCAUUCUCAACACGGAGGAACCAGACACAGAUAAAGAAAGAAGAGGCUGACCCCCAGAGUAUCAUCCCCAGCCACUGGCUGGAUGAGGGCAAUGCCAGGCGGGAGCCGCCAGCUGGGUCAGCUGGGAAAGCCCCAGAGCACAGUGACAACAGCAGCACUGAAGUAAUUGAGUAUGGGAUUAUCUUCAAUCCUGAAAACCGCAGCACCCCGGGCAUCAGCAGGGAUGGUCCCAGUACUCACCCUGGCACUGGCAUGCGAGCACGUGGCAGUGGUGGUGGCAUGGGUCCCACCCCAUCCAGCUCAGAGGGCAGCGGUGAUCUGGAUUUGGUGGUGGAAGCUGAUGGCGGUGUUCCCAUUCUUCCUCAGGGUGAACGCCCCAAUGAGUUUGUGAUGGGGAACAGGUCCAUGGUCAGAAGUGAGAAUAAGGAUGAUGGUGCCCCCAGGGUUGUUCCGCUGGGGGGAGCCAUGACUGCUGGGAGGGGGAGGGCCCCUACUACCAGAGGGGCAGGGGAUGAGGGCAGUGGAGAGGCCACUGUCUCUGGCCAAGGGCAGGAGAGUGUUAAGCAGAGUACAGGGACAGGAGGCAUUGCUUUGUCCUCUGUCACUGAGAAGAUGGAGGAUGUCCAAGUGGAUGCUGCAGGUGUGGAUGAAUACACUUACGUCCCCGAUUCAGGCAGUGUCACCAUCACCCAUGGAAGCAUGGGCAGCACAGACAGGGCCAACAGCUUCACCCAGGUCUCUCCAGGCAAGGAUGACGAGGUAAACAUCUUCAUUGGGAGGGCCAACAUCCAUGUGGGGGAGCAGGUAACCACCCAGGCUAGUGUCACAGUGAGCAGGGAGAAUGACGGCAUCCCCUCUGUGGGAAGCAGCAGGCCCGUCCGCAAGCUGGACGCCACUGUGCCACCCAGUGGAGAUGAAGAUGAUAGCAAGCCUGCCCGCAGGCAGCCUGAAAGACUGGCCACCACAGCCACCCCAAACCAUGGGAACAGCGUUACCAGCAGCCUCAGGGACGGCCGUCUCACUGGGGAGGAUGAGGAAGGUGCCACCACCAUUGGUGUUGAUAGAGGACUGGUAACCUCUGUCCCCUGGAGAGUCACUAGUGGUGACAUUACCAGCCCCACAGUGGCCAGCAUCCACGGGAAAGAUGAUGAUGAGUUGAGAGGAGAGGGGCAGAAGUCCAAAGGGAAGCCAGACCAUGUGGCUACCAUGACCCCCCACCACAGGGGUGACAUGGAGGCCACUAUCACUGUCCCAGCCAAAGGGGCCAGCAUCCACCCAGCCGCUACUGAGGGGGACCACACCACCCCAUCAGUGACAGCCAGCGACCACAAGGCAGGCAUGGGCACUGUGCUCGGCAGAGGAGGGAGUGGGGAAGUGGGUACAGCCACCUCCACAUCCUCCCGUGUGGAGGCACGGCCCAGGGCAGGGAUGAGGGUCCGUCCAGGGGGAGCAGGGCUGGACAAGACACCCAGGAUGGACAAAGCACCAUUCCCAAGUGGGAAACCUAGUGGUGGGGUGUCGAGGGGGGCCCAGAGAAGUGUUGGCAGCUAUGAUGGUGACGCUGGGGGCAGAUCUCUUGCCACCAAAGGAGGAGCCAGCCCCACUCCACAGGCAGGUCAAGACAUGGGCAGCAUAGCAGCAGGCAGGGGCUGGGAGUGGGGGCAAGGUGCAGAGAGUGGGACAGCGGUGCUGGGGGUCGGGGGCCGCCGUCUGCCUGGACACCAUGGCAGGAGGCUAGGGGCUGGGGUGCCGGGCACCAUUGCAACACUGGGCCGCAGCCGGCAGCUGGACCAGGUGAAACGUGCUGACGAGCUCCACAUCCACGAGCGGGCCUUUUACAGCCUUGGCGGGGCAGGUGGGAGCCCCCACGGCCCCUACCCUGGCCUCGGGAGUGCCGACAGCAGCCAGUCCUCUGAGGGGGACCGGGGCAGCCACAGCGAGAGUGGACAGACGGGACUGCAGCCCUCAGGGUGGGAAUCCCCAGGGUACCCCCAAGGCCACUGGAUCCAGGGGCCCCUCUGAGGCGUGGCCAGUAUCCACCCCGGUAGGCUCCAGCCAGUCCAGUGGUGGAGUUGGGGGGUGACUCGCUGUGUUUUUCCCCUUGACAUCCUCUCUGUGGGCUCUGUUCUUGCCUGGGUGAGGGGCAGGUUGCUGGGGGGCAGAGAGUGCUUCACAGCUGAGGAGCCAAAAAUCACUGGUGCAUGCAAUCUGCUGUUAAUCUGGGAGAGGCUGCACAUGGUGCAGCAGCAGGAAUGCAUGGGUGUGCUGUGCUAGACAGCCAGGGAACAGCAGCUAUGCUACAGGGCAUAGGGUAGCGGUGUUUGUGCACUGAUGCAAAGCAACUAAAGAAGCAGUGAGAAAAAGCCUCUAUCCUCACAGUUUCACUUCCAGCCUACGGGAGAAAUAAAGGCAUUUCUGUACCUAUGGA